AUCUUCGGGAUACAGUUGAGAAUACUUCUCAUCUUGUCCCAUUUUGUUUCUCGACUCGAGAAACAAAAAAACAUCCAAACAAACAAAAGUUUCUCCUAAUUUAAGAGGCAAUUAAUUAUAAUCCAUAAUCCAUAACAGCAGAGCAACAAUCUUUUUCUUUUUCUCCCUUUCAGAAUUACCAACAUGAACAAGAGAAUUGAUUUGAUAUCCAAAAAGAUUAAUGUGGUUUAUAGUUUUGGAGCUCUUUUUUUUCUCCUCCAACAAAUACACAAUAGCUGGUAUCUAGCAUGUGUAGUGGUUAGAAUUCACCUAUCUGAAAGGGCCUGCAUUCCCUUCCAACUAGAUAAUAAUUUCAUCAAUCCGUCCUGUCAUAAAGUACCCACUAGCCUCUUUCGUUGCUUCAGAAUUCUUCAUUGUCUUUAACCGAAUCCUAUAGCUCGAAUGAUCCUUGCACCAAUUUCACACCAUCAUUUUGAUAUCGCCAUGAUCUCUCUCUCCCUUUCAGACAUUAAUAACGCCAAUCUUUUCUUGUUCUUUGUCUGUGAACAACGAGAGCAAUGACAACCCUCUUGUGUCUGUCUUUUGGUUUUUGAUCUUGAUUAUUUCUCUCCUUCUCUUCGACCCUUUUCAUUUUAACUCGAAUCGAGACGAUCUGUCUGUAUUGUCUUUAUUAUUGUCAUUUAAAAAAAAAAAAAAUCUUUGAUUCUAUUCUUCUUUUUCGUUUCUUUCUGAUUCUGUGUGGAGAGGCAACAGAAACAAGAAGAGAUGAAGAAUCCUUGGAUGAACCAAAAGACUAAUAUAUCAGUUCUAUGCGAGGAAGUUUCUUUGACUAAUACAAUGCAGUUUCGACAUGGAAAAGAUCCAUCAGAGUGGCCUUGGCAACUUGUAAUGACGCAAAUUGCUUUAGUUAAUACCUUUAAAAUCCUGUUUCAGCUUAUUCUCAAGCCUUUUGGACAGCAGACUUACAUCCCACAAAUUAUGGGUGGAAUUGCUUUGGGCCCUUCAUUUCUUUCCCAGAGUGAAUUUUUCUACAAACUGUUUAUGCAAUCACCGAAGGGUCUUUUGAUGAUUGGUAUACUUAGAGCAAUGGGCUUCAUGUUCCUUCUUUACCUUCUCAGUAUGCGGAUAGAUAUAACCAUCAUAAAGAAAUGUGGAAAACUUGCAGUUGUUAUAGGUAUUUCAUCACUUGUUGUUCCUAUGAUAAUAACCACAUUGUUCGCUUACUUCCUUAGAAAAUUCAUCAAAUUCGACGACGGACUCAGCAAUUCUCUUCCAUCUGUAGCAAUCCUUGUAGCCACAACUUCUUUUCAUGUCAUCUUAGUAGUGCUCACUGAUCUCAAGCUCCUGAACUCAGAACUAGGCCGCCUUGCUCUAGCUUCAUCAAUGAUUAGUGGAAUAAGUAGCUGGGCUUUUCUAGCAGUAAUCUAUGAUGUUAAAGAAGGUUUACAAGUGGGCAUUAAGGUGGGUCUGGUGUUUGCUCAACUGAGCAAAUUCAUUGUUAUUCUGAUCAUUGUUUUCAUCUUCCGUCCCAUAAUGUUAUGGAUGGUGAGACAAACUCCGGAUGGGAAACCUUUGAAAGAGCCAUUUGUUUGUUCUAUAUGUUUGAUGAUUCUUUUCUGCGCUCUUUUUGGGGAGAUUACAGGACAGCAUUUUUAUUUUGCUCCUGUGAUCAUGGGCAUGGCUACUCCUGAUGGUCCACCAAUAGUUUCUAGCUUAAUGGAGAAGCUUGAUUGCUUUGUUGAGACGGUGCUAGUUCCAUGUUAUGUCAUUGACGCUGGUAGAAGGGCUAAUAUAUUCCUUCUAGGAUCCGAUAAAUUUGGUACUAUUCAGUUGGUCAUGCUUGUAGCUAGCUUUUCAAAACUUGCCUCUGUUAUCAUCCCUGCAUAUUAUUUCAAUAUGCCAUUAUCUGAUGCUCUUUCGCUAGGCUUCAUCUUGAAUUGUAAAGGGUUGUUUGAUGUUCAACUGUACUCCCGCGCAAAUAAGGUUAAGUUGAUCACAAACGAGAACUACGCCGUCCUGGUUUAUUCUUCAGCAUUGCAUGCGGGUCUUUUCUCAUGGUUAACAAGACUUGUCUAUGAUCCUUCAAGAAGAUAUGUUGCCUACAGAAAACACACAGUCCAACACAGUAACGAACGCAGCUCUGAACUACGAGUCCUUGCUUGCAUCCAUCAACAGGACAAUGUCCCAUCCAUCGUUAGCGUUCUUGAAGAAUCAAAUCCCAGCAAAGAUGACCCAAUUGGAGUCUAUGUUAUGAAGCUGAAGCGAUCUGCUGUUGGCACCAUCCCCCUUCUCAUACCUCACCAACCUGACAUCCCUUUAACUCCAUCAUAUAAUAAACAAACUGAAAUCAAUCACAUCAUCAAUGCCUUUUCUCAGAUUGAAAACAGAAAUGAAGGCCUUUCCAUGAUCCAAUACUUCACAUCUUAUGCUCCUCAUCCAACUUUGCACGAUGCAGUCUGCUCAAUGGCACUAGAGAAAACUAUAUCCUUAAUAAUUCUCCCUUUUCUGCAUUCGGAUGAUCCUUCCACUAGAAUUGUAAACAAAAGUAUCCUCCGAAAUGCACCAUGCUCCGUCAGCAUACUCCUUGACAGUGGGAAAUUAACAAGAUCAGUUCUUCCAAUUCAAGCCUUGAAAAGGGUCUGUCUAGUCUUUCUUGGAGGACCUGAUGAUCGUGAGACGCUAGCAUAUGGUGCAAGAAUGGCAAUGAAUCCUUACACUGAGCUUACCUUGAUAAGAUUAAUCUCGGAUGAUCAGAGCGAUGCUGAUUUGAUAGAGAAAAGAAGAGAUUUGAACAUGAUUAAUGAGUUCAAGCUUCGAACAAUAGAUAGCAGGAAUCGUGUUAAAUUUAAAGAGUACGUAAUAUUAGAAGGAAGUGAAACAGCAAAGCUGUUAAGAUCCGUAUGCAAGAAGUUUGAGCUGAUUUUGGUAGGAAGAAGACAUGACCCUGCUUCCUCAUUAUUAUCAGGGCUCACAGAAUGGAAAGAGAUAGAAGAGUUGGGUGUAGUUGGAGAUAUGUUGGCAUCUAAGGAUUUUGAUUGCAAUGCACUUGUGCUUGUGAUUCAACAGCAAGCAUCAGUGGUGCAAGAAAUGAUUGAAAGCACAAGAAAUAUAUCUACGAGGUCAAGUAUCAGUGAUAUGUGUAGUUCAAAGUAUGCAUCAAGUAGGUAUAGCUGACAGUUUCCGGGUAUUCUAAAAGUUUCUUUUUUCUUUUUAAAAGGAUUUCUUUUUAAGUCUGUUAGCCAUGUACUUUAAGCUAAUUUGUAAUUUUUUUCCAAACUUUGAUCUAACCUGAUUCAAUGGGCUAACUGCUCAUCAUCCAAUCAAG